AUGAAAUUAUGCAGAACAUGUCACAAGCAGCUGCAUUAUAACAACCUUUGGCUGCGCUGUCAACAACACGCUAUGCACAGUCAAAUAAAAAUGACAGAACGCAGUGGAAAAUGUAACAUUCUUAAGUUUGUGAAAGUUUUGUCUUUUGCGUUUAUUUUCGUUAUUUUAGUGAUUUUUGUUGCUGCUACUGUAAGGACACUGACGUUUGAUGUGAAUGCUGGACUUCAACUUGCACCCUGGGAAAAGACGAACAACAUUGCGUAUGACAUAAAUCAGCAGCAGAGAGGGGAGCUUCUUGCGAAUUUCAAAGACGCAAUCCGGAUUCCUACCGUGUCAACCUCGAGGACGGAUCAAAACACUACUGCAUUGCGCGAUUUCAACGACCUCCUACGGAAAGCGUUUCCCACAGUGUUUUCUUCACACUUGGUCCAGCAUGAAGUUGUGGCCAAUUACAGCCACUUGUUCUGGGUGCCUGGCUCUGACCUAGCCUUGGUCCCUUACAUGCUUCUGGCCCACAUAGAUGUUGUGCCUGCUGAGGAGAGUGAUGGAUGGGACGCCCCACCAUUCUCUGCAAAGGAGAUAGAUGGAUUCAUCUAUGGGAGAGGGACCAUAGAUAACAAGCAGUCUGUGAUGGGAAUUCUCCAAGCACUGGAGUACCUAUUGAUAAGAGGUUAUUCUCCACAGAGGGGAUUCUUUAUUGGUCUGGGUCAUGACGAAGAGAUUCAGGGCUUACAUGGAGCCAUGAACAUUGUUAAAUUACUGAAGAAGAAAGGGGUGCAGUUGGCCUUUGUCCUGGAUGAAGGUCUGGCUGUACUAGAUGGAGUAAUAACUGGACUGCAGGGGCCUGCUGCUCUGAUUGGGAUCAGUGAGAAGGGCCAUGCUACGGUGAAGCUGAGUGUCUCCAUGGCCCCGGGCCACUCCUCGAUGCCUCCCUGGGAGAGCAGCAUAGGAAUCCUGGCCGGAGCGGUCAAAAGGUUGGAGGACAACCCAAUGCCCCGGUUGUUCGGUGAAGGCCCUGAACGCGGGACCUUUGAACACCUGGCUCACAAGUUUGGGCUCCCACUCAAGUUUGUCAUGUCCAAUAUGUGGCUGUUCUCCCCUCUCCUUGGAAGAGUAAUGGAAAGAAGCCCUGAGACAAACGCUUUUGUGAGAACGACGACCGCAGUCACCAUGUUCAACGCAGGAGUCAAGACUAACGUUCUUCCUUCCCAAGCUGAAGCCUAUGUGAACCUGCGGAUACAUUCAUCACAGUCACUGCAGGAGGUUCUGGAUUUGAUCCAAUCUAUAGUGGGAGAUGAGAGGGUGAAAAUGGAGCUGAUGCAUGGCUUUGACCCUCUGCCUAUCAGCUCCUAUGAUGAAACAUCCUUUGGGUUCCAGAUCAUCAAGAAAACUGUGCUGGAUCAGUUUCCACAAGUUACUGUUGCCCCUGGUAUCUGCAUUGGGAACACAGACAGCCGUCACUACACUGACCUCACCAAAGACAUCUAUCGCUUUGCCCCUACCUGGUUCAGACCAGGGGAUGCCCAGAGGUUCCAUGGCAUUAACGAGAGGAUUUCUAAGAAGAACUACGAGGAACUUGUGGGAUUUUACUUCAAUCUGAUCCAGAACUGUGACAUCAAGGACCUCCCGUCUCCGCACAGUGCUGUUCACGAGCUUUAAAGCAAUAGGGGUAACAGGAGGGGGGACUUUGGUGUGUUACUUACUAGUUACUGUAGGUAAAUGCCAUCAUUUGGUUGGUAAUCCAGAUCAAAAUGACUGUUGUGAGAAUCUGUGUACCCCUUCAUCUUCAUCUUGGUACAUUAAUGCCAUGGUUGAUAUUAUAAAACACAUGUUCACAUUAGCAUUUACAAAUGUUAUAGUCUGUAAGAAGACAAUGUGAUUGUAUCAUCAAUUAAUACAGAGUUGACUAGGUCUUAAAAGGGGCAGAGGUCCUACAUCACAGACAUUUUGAUCUGAAAAACAGUAAGUGUUGCUUUAGCGAGAUGGAGUUUGAUUUGGUAUGGUCAUGUGUUGUAUUUUGUACAAAAUCUAUGUAAUAUGUUACUAUUGUUUUCCUACUGAUUACAGAACAUGGGGUUUUCUCAUUUUAAUUUCCUCCUACCUCCUUUUUCCAUCCUCUGGCUUCCUUUUGGAAAAGUAAAUCGAGAAGAGGCUGCAAGGAUCUUUGUGCAUGAAAAUGUGCUUUUAUUAAAUUGUAUAGAUGAAAUGGCAUUAGUAAUAGCAUAUUGUUUUUAAACAUGUGCAUGCUUUUCUCUGACAAAACUUGAUAAUAAAUGUGUAACAAGACAGGGUGAGGACAGAUUGGAGAGGAUUGAGGAUGGAUUUCUACACAAAUGAGAGAGCCCCUAUAAAACUUGAAAUUGCGGUGAUUGUUUGUUUGAAGUGUAUGCAGUGGAAGUAAGAGAGCUUAAUGUUGGAUAUUUCUAUGCCAAAUGUGCUCCUGUGGAAUGGAAUCCAAAUUAAUUAUUUUAGAAAGCUAUUUGUCAUUCAUUAUAAAAUCAUUAUAUGAUUUUAUUUUCAAUCAGACCUGGGUACAAACAUUGGUGUAUUUGAAUAUCAUUUAUUUAAAAUGUAGUCCAUAUUACAGAACCAAGUUAUUUUAUAAUUUUGAUGGUUAUAAAUACUUAUUCUGAAAACCUGAGUUUUGAGGAAACAGGUACAGUAGUUUUCCGGCAAAGCAGUUAACAGUAAUUGCUGCCAGGAAAUUACUGUAAAUGAGAAUGUGUUCUGGCAGCUUACCUGAUCAAAUCAAGGUGGAUACAACAAAAUAUAUGUGGAAGUGUUUCCAAAUACUUAUUCAUAUUAGGUAUUAAGCUAUCUUUACAUACAUUGUAAGUGUUAAAGUAGUUUAGACAUUUUGAACAGUUUGAACCCAGGUCUAUUUUAAUUGCACAUUAAUGACAAUAGAAAACCUGAAUUCAGUAGCUUACAUUUUCUAUGAGGUAUUUGAGACAUUUUUAUUUUGUGAUUAUACACCCAGGUUUAUUGAAGUGCAAUAUUUCAUCUGUUUCAGAUGAUCUGAAAUUCUAUAUUUUUCUUGAAAUACUGGUAGUUAGUGUACGAGAAGUACAGUUCCAAUGAAGCUAAAGACAUUGAUUAUAUGGCUGGGUGAUAAAUGGUUAAUAAAAACAAUGCUCUGUGGUGA